UUAAUUAAUAUCAUACGACGGUGGUCAAAGGGCCAAAGGACUCUCUCGUUGCGUGUCGACGCGUCGCCUCCUCUGCGACUCCGCCGCGCUGAGAUCGGAGCACUGUUUCCGCCCCGGAAACCCUAGAUUUCCUCUUUGGGGAGAGAGAGAGAGAGAGGGCGGUGCUAGGGUUUGAUUGCUUCGGCUAGGGUUUGUUUCCCCGAUUGGAUUGGAUUAGUGUUUGGAGAUGGAGAUCCUCAACAAGCUUAAGAACCUCGACGCGUACCCGAAGAUCAACGAGGACUUCUACAGCCGCACGCUCUCCGGGGGCAUCGUCACUAUCGUCUCCGCUCUCGUCAUGCUCUUCCUCUUCAUCUCUGAGACGAGACUAUUUUUUUACUCAGCAACUGAGACUAAGUUGGUGGUUGACACAUCACGAGGCGAAAGACUACGUGUCAAUUUUGAUAUUACUUUUCCAGCUAUUGCUUGCUCACUUUUGAGUGUUGAUACAAUGGAUAUUAGCGGGGAGCAACACUGGGACAUAAGGCAUGACAUUCUAAAGAAAAGGUUGGACCAUCUUGGAAAUGUUAUUGGGUCAAGACAAGGUGGUGUUGGUGCCCCAAAGAUUGAGAGGCCUCUACAGAGACAUGGGGGGAGGCUUGAGCAUAACGAGACGUACUGUGGUUCCUGCUAUGGUGCUGAAACGUUGGAUGAUCAAUGCUGUAAUUCAUGUGAAGAAGUUCGUGAAGCAUAUAGAAAUAAAGGAUGGGGUUUGUCAAAUCCAGAAUUAAUCGACCAGUGCACGAGGGAGGGCUUAAUUGAAAAGAUUAAAGAGGAACAAGGGGAAGGAUGCAACAUCCAUGGGUUCUUGGAUGUUGGUAAAGUAGCUGGAAAUUUCCAUUUUGCCGCUGGAAAAAGCUUCCAUCAAUCAAAUGUCCAUGUGCAUGAUUUGUUGGCCUUUCAAGCAGAAAAUUACAAUAUUACUCACAAAAUAAACAAGCUGUCCUUCGGAAAGGAGUUCCCAGGUGCUGUAAAUCCUCUUGAUGGUGCGCACUGGACACAGCAAGCAUCAUCUGGGGCAUAUCAGUACUUUAUCAAGGUUGUCCCCACAAUUUACACUGACAUAAGGGGGCACAAAAUCCACUCCAACCAGUUCUCAGUGACAGAGCACUUCAGAGAUGGAAAUGUUUAUCCUAAGCCCGUUCCUGGCGUAUUCUUCUUUUAUGACUUCUCACCAAUUAAGGUGAUCUUCACGGAAGAAAACCGAUCCUUUCUUCACUAUCUGACUAACUUGUGUGCCAUUGUUGGAGGUGUCUUCACAGUUUCUGGAAUUAUCGAUGCGUUUAUAUACCAUGGACAGCGGGCGAUCAAGAAGAAGAUGGAGAUUGGAAAGUAUACAUAAUCGCUUUAAGAUCCGAAAACAUCCGAGUGUUUCAGAUUUCAGGGCUUCUUAUUGGAAGAAAUGAUCAACAGAGAAGAGGAUGCUGCUGCUGAAGCUGUACAUGAACAAUAUUCUGGUGGCCAAACAUUACUUUGUAACUUUAGAGUGCUAGUUUCUUUUAGCCCGAUAAAAUUUUGUGUUCAUAAGUGGUAUUUAUUGGUUAAUUGGAGAUACAAAAUUAUAUCUAAACACUGUUUAGCGAGGAUCAGAACUCUCUUCUUCUUUUUUUCCUUCUAUCUGAAUGUUUUAUUUUAAUGAAAACGCUGGAUUAAUGUCGAUAUGUUUAAUUGAUCA